AAGAGCCACUGCAGUUUUCGCGGAAAACGCGCGCUGGGACCUGCGCUUGCAGUGUUGUUUUCUACAAUUGUUGGCUGUCGCAGAGGCAGCAUGGAUCUCAGCGAGCUGGAGAGGGACAAUACGGGUCGUUGUCGUCUGAGUUCUCCUGUACCUGCUGUGUGUCUCAAGGAGCCGUGCGUUCUGGGCGUGGAUGAAGCGGGCCGAGGCCCUGUGCUUGGUCCCAUGGUCUACGCCAUCUGUUACUGCCCCCUGUCUCGCUUGGCAGAUCUGGAGGCCCUGAAAGUGGCAGACUCUAAGACCUUGACAGAGAACGAGCGGGAGAGGCUCUUUGCGAAAAUGGAGGAGGAUGGAGACUUUGUGGGUUGGGCUUUGGACGUCCUGUCUCCAAACCUGAUCUCUACCAGCAUGCUUGGGCGAGUCAAGUACAACCUCAACUCCCUGUCACACGAUACAGCUGCGGGGCUGAUACAGUACGCACUGGACCAGAAUGUGAAUGUCACUCAGGUAUUUGUGGACACUGUAGGAAUGCCAGAGACAUACCAGGCUCGAUUACAACAGCACUUUCCCGGGAUAGAGGUGACAGUCAAGGCCAAAGCUGACUCCCUGUUCCCUGUGGUCAGUGCUGCCAGCAUCUUUGCCAAGGUGGCCCGAGACAAGGCUGUGAAGAACUGGCAGUUUGUGGAAAAUUUACAGGAUCUGGACUCCGAUUAUGGCUCAGGCUAUCCCAAUGAUCCCAAGACCAAAGCCUGGCUGAGGAAACAUGUGGACCCUGUGUUUGGCUUUCCCCAGUUUGUACGGUUCAGUUGGAGCACAGCCCAGGCCAUCCUGGAGAAGGAGGCAGAAGAUGUCAUUUGGGAGGACUCAGAAGCUGAGGAGGAUCCUGAAAGACCGGGAAAAAUCACCUCCUACUUCAGCCAGGGCCCGCAGACCUGCCGCCCUCAGGCCCCCCACAGAUACUUCCAGGAGCGAGGCCUGGAGGCAGCCAGCAGCCUCUAGGAGCCCACGUGUGCACCACCUGCCCUUCUAACCCAGGAAUAAAAGCUGUUCAAGAAGUGGACCGAGUGCUUUGUGGCUAAGGUCUGGUAGCAGUGCCUGUGGCCAGCAGCUGAUUCAUCAAACAAAAUAGGCAUUUCUAGAUUGGUGACGUUUGCUUUUUUUUUAAAGAAUGAUUUAUGUAUGUAAGUACACUGUAGCUGUCUUCAGACACGGCAGAAGAGGGCAUCAGAUCCCAUUAUAGAUGGUUGUGAGCCACCAUGUGGUAUCACUGGAUAGCUCAAUGCUGGAACUGUGUAGACCAGGUUGGUCUUGGGCACAUUGUGGCACUCACCUGCCUCUGCCUCCCAAGUGCUGAGGUUAAAGACAUGCACUAUCAUAGCCUUUUUAUUUUUUUUAAUUGUAAAACUAUUUUUGUCUUUGUGUGGGUAUACACACAUGUGAGUAUGCACGUGUAAAUGCAAGGGCCCUUGGAGGUCGUAGGCUUCAGAUUUCUCUGGAGCUGGACUUAGAGAAAUUACGGCCUGCUCUGUUGGUGCUGAUCUGAACUAUGUGCUUUUGACCACUGGCUUUCUCCAUCCCGCAUAUUUUUCUUUGGUGCUCCCUCUUUGCUUUGUCUUGUUUUGAGACAGGGUUCCUAAGUAGUCUUGACUGUCCUGGAACUUGCUACGUAGACCAGACAGGCCUGAGACACAGCUGCAGACUUGGAAUUAAAGGAGUUGUAUGUAUAUUUGUGCAACACAUCCAUGCAGUUCUCAAAGAAGCCAGAAGAGGGCACCAGAUCCCCUGCAACUGGAGUUGGAGGUGUUUUUGAGCCACCUUGUGGGUCUUGAGAAUCAGGUCCUCUGCAAGAACAGUCAUUGUUGCUGUCAACCAGGGAGCCAUCUUUCCAGUCCUCUGCCUCCUCUCCUCUUCCUUCUGUGUGUGUGUGUGUGUGUGUGUGUGUGUGUGUGUGUGUGUGUGUUUGCGUGCAUGCGCUGUUGUGGUAUUGCAUACCUUUAAUCCCAGCAUUUGGAGGACAGGUAGGUAGAUCUCUGAGUUAGAGGCCAUUCUGGUCUACAUAGUUCCACAUCAGUCAAGGCUACAUGAUGAGGCCCUGAUCAAUAAAUCAAAGCC